GAAAAAAGGAAACUGGUGUUUUCAAGAGUUUGACGAUGUUUUCGGCGUGCUGAACAAAACUCUUGUACGAGGUUGUCAUUGUGUUUUAGCAUAUUAAUGCGAUUUAAGAUUUCACAAUAUCUGUCUUCGAUUGAGUCCUUCAGCCUACUUCUUUGAAGCUGAAACCAAGUCAUCAGACGUGUCUUUUUGAGCUCUGAAAUUUGUUUUCCUGACUGUCUUCUGCCCAGCAGGAAACGUAUAAAAAGGAUGGCGAUGAGAUCUGAAGGCACAGUUGAAACCGAGCUCGAAGAGGAGGAAAACCUUGGACCACAGCCUCUAUCCAGACUCGAGCAAUGUGGAAUAGGGGCCAGCGACAUCAAGAAACUGGAGGAGGCAGGUUUCCACACCAUUGAGGCAGUGGCCUACGCUCCAAAGAAGGAGUUGCUGAACAUAAAAGGCAUCAGUGAAGCCAAAGCUGAUAAAAUUAUAACUGAAUCUGCCAAGCUUGUGCCUAUGGGCUUUACCACAGCUACUGAGUUCCACCAGAGAAGAGCAGAAAUCAUCCAAAUCUCGACAGGCUCUAAGGAAUUGGAUAAACUCCUACAGGGCGGGAUCGAGACUGGUUCCAUCACAGAGAUGUUUGGGGAGUUUCGAACAGGGAAGACCCAGCUGUGCCAUACGCUUGCUGUCACAUGCCAGCUUCCCAUGGAUCAAGGGGGUGGGGAAGGGAAAGCCAUGUACAUCGACACAGAAGGAACCUUCAGACCAGAGAGACUCUUGGCUGUCGCCGAAAGAUAUGGGCUGGUGGGCGGUGAUGUUCUGGACAAUGUGGCCUACGCUCGAGCUUUUAACACGGAUCAUCAGACUCAGCUGUUGUAUCAGGCAUCUGCCAUGAUGGCUGAAUCCAGGUAUGCCCUGUUAAUAGUCGACAGUGCCACAGCUCUGUAUCGAACAGACUACUCGGGCCGAGGUGAACUGUCAGCCAGACAAGCGCAUUUGGGACGCUUUCUACGCAUGCUGCUCAGGCUGGCUGACGAGUUUGGCGUGGCAGUGGUAAUAACCAACCAGGUGGUCGCACAGGUCGAUGGGGCUGCCAUGUUCUCUGCUGAUCCAAAGAAGCCAAUUGGCGGCAACAUUUUGGCUCAUGCGUCCACUACGCGGCUGUAUCUGAGAAAAGGCCGAGGAGAAACGAGAAUCUGUAAAAUCUACGACUCACCUUGCCUGCCAGAGGCGGAAGCCAUGUUUGCCAUUAAUGCCGACGGGGUGGGAGAUGCUAAAGACUGAGGCGGCGGUGCAGCAGACAGGAAGAGGUUUCGAACUCGUCUGAUCAAAACCCGACAAACGUCUGUGAACUGGACUGCCAGGAAAUCUAUAAUCUGUUCAAGUCAGAGUGAAGGUGCUGUAGGUGGGCUGCCAGCGAGGUUUGUUAAGCAGCAAGGUAAUUAGAAUAUGGAAGAGCAUAUCUAUAUCUAAUAUACAUAGAGAGAGAUAAUUAAUUUAAGUUGCAGUAAGUAUAAAUGAAAAGAAACAAUAAAAAGUGAGAGUUUCUUUCUGUGUUUGGGAAGUAUCUGUUGUGUGAUGGCCACUGUGGUAAAUGUUGCUUUGGAUGAGUCAACAUUUUUCAAAGCACGGUUCGAAAAAAGUGAUCUCAUUAUGAUUUUUGCAAAAACGCAGACUUUUGUCUACUUAUGUUGAUGACAGUAAAUCUCACGCGUAUUUGUCUGUGAGUGCUUCAGAGUGAGGUUUGUGACCCAUGUGUUUAUAUUUGGAAAUACGGUCCAAGUAGUGAUCAAUUCAUAUAACUACAAAUGAUAAGUGUUGUGUAUUUUUUUUUUUUUUUUUUGAGAAGCGGGGUCUGUCACAGCAUUGCUCCAGAGUCUGCUGAGCCAUUGCUGGGUUUGGUUGAAGAAUUCCGUUUGACACAGCUAUUUUUUUUUCUUUCUUGAAUAAAGACUUUAUUCUUG